CACAUUCACAUCUCUAUGCAUAGACCAUCUUCUCUUCCUCAAAGAAGAAACGUGUUCAAAUUGUCUAUGAUUUGUUACACUCUCUAGAUUGAAUUCGGUUAUAAAAGGAGUUAUAUUAGUAUUCAAGGUCGCAAGGGAGAAGAAAAAGCAUCAGAAAAUGGAUUGCAUUCUGAUUGUUGUUGCCAUGGUUGUAAUGUUGUUGGCUUUAAGGUGGUUUGUAUUCCUCCGGGGGCCUCGGCUCCCUCCGGGGCCGAGGCCCCUCCCGAUCAUCGGAAACAUCCACCAACUAGGUAAAAAAAAUCCGUACGAAACCCUAAGACAGCUGGCGAAAACGUACGGCCCUCUGAUGUCGAUCCGUUUAGGCAGUGGGUACAUGGUGGUGGCGUCCACCCCGGAGAUGGCCAUGGCGCUCCUCCAGCGCCACGGCCAGGCCUUCUCCGGCCGGUACGUCCCCCACGCGAUGGAGGCGUGCGACUUCAGCAAGCUCUCCAUGACCUUCGGCCCAGCCGGGAAGGCGUGGCGCGACAAGCGCAAGAUGUGCAAGGAGAUCGUCUUCUCGGACCGGUGCCUCGAGGGGAGCGAGCCCCUCCGCCGGGAGAUGCUGCAGAAGCUCGUGGACGCGGUCAGCGUCCACUGCGACCGCGGGGACGUGGUCAACGUCCACGACGCGGUGUUCAUGGCCAACCUCGACCUCUUGCUCUCCACCAUCUUCUCCUUCACCUCCCCGGACACGGCCGUGGAGCUGAAGAAGAACAUGGACGAUUUCUUCUCCGUUUUUACUCCCAACAUCGCCGACUUCUUCCCCAUUCUCAAGCCCUUGGAUCCGCAGGGGAUCAAGCGCAAGGCGGAGUUGAGCUUGGGGAAACUCUUGGGCAAAUUCCGUGAAUUUGUUGACCAGAGGCUCGAGGACCGCAGAAGGAACAGCCCGAGGCAGGAUCUGCUCGAGGCAAUCAUCGAUAUCGCACAAGGAAACGACUACAACUUCACCACACAAGAUAUCCCUUAUUUACUUUUCGAAUUAAUCGUGGGAGGAAUUGACACGAACUCGUUCACGGUGGAGUGGAUCAUGACGGAGCUACUAUUCAACCCGGACAAACUCAAAAGACUAAAGCAAGAGAUAAAGAGCGUAGCCGGAGAGAAUGGGCAAAUCCGGGAGGCGGACAUCGCGUCCCUCCCGUAUCUGCAGGCAGUGAUCAAAGAAACCUUUCGUUAUCACCCACCAGGGCCUCUUGCGGUCACCCGGAUGUCUGAAGCCGAUCAAGAGGUGAAUGGUUAUAUGAUCCCAAAAGGGACACAAAUAGUCGUCAACACGUGGUCAAUGGCAAAAGACCCGAGCAUCUGGACUGAUCCGGAAUCUUUUGAGCCGGAACGAUUCCUUGACAACAAAUUGGACUUCAAAGGCCAGCAUUUCCAGCUCAUACCCUUCGGGGCGGGCCGCAGAAUAUGCCCCGGAAUGCCCUUGGCAACCCGGAUUCUGCAAACGACCACCGCAGUUUUGGUUCAUAAUUUUGACUGGAAACUUGAGAAAGACAAGGAUCAUCCGGACCAUAAAAAUGACAACUUUGCAAUAAAUUUGCGCAAACCAAUUCCACUUAGAGCUUUUCCAUUUAGAAUUUAAGAUUUGCUCAUCUUAUGUAUAUUGGAAAUUAUCAAUAGUAUUACUAUUUGAGCACGAA